CAAAACUCGUCUUGGAACUAAAAAGACAAUUCCUGAAACAUGCGUGUAGUUAGGAGAGAUCUCAAGAUUCCUCCACUCCUCUCUCGAUUUCUCUCUUCUUCUGCUGCAUCGCGAUUCAUUACUUAAUCUGAGCUCUCAUGGGUUCUGUAAUGAGCUUGAGCUGUUCCAAGAGGAAAUCGACUACUCAAGACGAGGACUUUGCAAGCGAAUCUCGAAAAAGACGAAAACUUUGUUCUUCCACCGAUGAGGAGAAUUGCAGAUUGAUUCCAAAUCUUCCGGAUGAGUUAUCGAUACAGAUUCUUGCUAGGCUCCCAAGAAUCUGCUACUCGAGUGUGCGUUUGGUUUCUCGGAGGUGGAAAUCAGCUGUGUCAACCUCUGAGCUUUAUACCCUGAGGAAGCAACUAGGGAGGACCGAGGAAUGGCUCUAUGUGCUGACCAAAGGCCAAGAGGAUAAGCUCUUGUGGUACGCUUUAGAUCCCGUGUCCACGAGAUGGCAGAGACUGCCUCCAAUGCCGGUCAUUGUAUACGAAGAGGAAUCUAGAAGGAGCUUAUCUGGUUUGUGGAAUUUGGUUAGCUCGAGUGUUAAAGUCGCUGAGAUUGUGAGGAGCUUGCUAGGUAGGAAAGACGCAUCUGAGCAAAUGCCCUUUUGUGGUUGUGCUAUUGGUUCAGUUGAUGGCUGCCUAUACGUGCUUGGAGGGCUGUCAAAGUCCAAAACCGUGAGCUGCGUCUGGCGGUUUGAUCCGGUUCUCAACUCUUGGAGUGAAGUGAGCUCUAUGUUGGCUAACCGGGCUUAUUCGAAAACCGGCGUGUUGAAUAAGAAGCUAUACGUUGUUGGAGGUGUAGAUCGUGCGCGAGGAGGUUUAUCUCCGCUUCAGUCAGCUGAGGUUUACGAUCCGAACACGGACGCUUGGUCAGAGGUUCCGAGCAUGCCUUUCUCAAAGGCUCAAGUGUUGCCAAAUGCGUUUUUGGCUGACUUGUUAAAGCCUAUUGCCACGGGGAUGACUUGUUACAACGGUAGGUUAUGUGUUCCUCAGAGUUUAUACUCUUGGCCUUUCUUUGUUGAUGUUGGAGGAGAGGUUUAUGAUCCGGAGACUAAUCUUUGGGUUGAAAUGCCGUCUGGUAUGGGUGAAGGCUGGCCAGCGAGGCAAGCGGGUACUAAACUGAGUGUGGUGGUGGAUGGUGAGUUAUACGCUUUUGAUCCUUCUUCAUCGAUGGAGAAUGGGAAGAUUAAGGUUUAUGAUCAGAAGGAAGAUACUUGGAAAGUUGUUAUUGGGGAAGUCCCUGUUUAUGACUUGACUGAUUCAGAGUCUCCUUAUUUGCUUGCUGGGUUUCACGGGAAGCUUCAUUUCAUUACUAGAGACCCUAACCAUAACGUUACAGUGUUACGUGCUGAUGUCCCGGACAUUUCUUCGUCGUCAUCAUCAUCUAGUUCUAACUCUGUUUUGAGUGAAAAGGGCAAUGCAGCUAACAAGUCAGACACUGUUAUCUGGAAAGUUAUUGCAAGCAAGGACUUUGGUGCUGCUGAACUUGUUAGCUGCCAAGUCAUAGAUAUAUAAAAGCAAGAAUCUUUUGCCCAUUUCUCGUGGGACAUUGAGAAUCUCUUUGUACAGCCAAAAGCAAAAGUUUGAAGCUUUAUGAUAUAUCUUCUUCCCAAGAUUUAAGUCUUCGAUGGUCCAGACUUUGGCUGUCAAGUAAGUUUGAGCAAUAAAUUGUUAUGUGACGAUAUAUACAUAUAAGGAUUUGUUUCGAUAUGCGCAAAUGUACACUAUAUAGCAUUACAUUACCUAGCAGUUCAAGGAAGUAUAACAAAAUGUCUUUCUUUGUGUGU